GACACAAGUGCACUUAAUAAUUUUUUUUUUUAAAGUAUCAAAAUAUUGUUCAUUAAGUACAUUGUCAUCCACAUUAUGUUUUAAUAUUAAAGAUUAUAUUUAAUAAACAUGUCAGGUAAUUUUUUUGUUUUGGCUCUCCUGUAAAGUUGGUCAAAUGUCAUUUAUCUUGUAUAAUUUAACAUUAUGUUGCAGUCCCCCACUAUAACCACAAGAUAGCAGCAAACACUCAUGAUUUUAAACACACUCAGGUACGAUAUGAUACAAUAAGAUGUAAUAUGAUGAUUCCACACAUUAUGCUUAUCAUGUUGAUUGGUAUUGCUAUUCAGACACAAUCUUAUAGUAUGAAUUGAUUUCUGUUCCUCUGUUAUCUGUGCUUGUGUGUCCUACCUGUACUGUGCCACUGCUGACCUCUGGGGAGGAGCACAGAGGGAAUCCUCUUACCCAGGUAAUCUCGGCAUCCAUCUGCUGUUACAGUCAUCCACCACAUACAGCAUCCACCAAUAUGCCAUUUCACAGCUAGUCUCUGUCAACCAGCACAAGUUAAGAGACCAUGCUGCUGUCUCCCCAGGCAGAGAGGAACUGGGAGGGUCUGUGUUUAGUGCUUGAAGAUGUGCUGGAGGACCAGUCCCACAGGCAGCUGUUCGCCUUAGAGCUGGGCUCUGGAACUGGGCAGCAUGUCAUACGCUUUGCCCAGAAGAUGCCCUUCAUUACCUGGCAGCCAUCAGACAUCAAAGAGGAGUCUCGGGACAGUAUUAAGGCAUACACUGCUGCAACCCAUGUGAAGAAUGUGCUGCAGCCUGUCCACCUUGAUGCCAGCGAGCCUUGGGAGAAAUGGGCAGGCCUUCCUCGCAACUCCUGUGACCUUAUUGUUGCCAUUAAUUUACUGCAAUACAGCUCUUUCAAAACAGCACAGGGUGUUUUCAACGGAGCAGGUCAGAUCCUCAGACAAAAUGGCCUUUUGAUAACAUACGCGGUGUAUGCUAUUAAUGGCACCAUUACCCCAAGCUGUAAUGAAAGCCUGGAUGCAGAGCUUCGACAAAUGAAUCCAGAGUGGGGUCUUCCAGACAUCGAUGUGCUGAGACAGCUGGCUUAUGGGAACGGGAUCCGUAUGGAGAGGAUGAUUGAGAUGGAAGAAUACUACAAAUGCCUCAUCUUCAGAAAACUUUAAAGAGGACCUAUUGUGCUUUUUCUCUUUCCUUUAGUGUGUUAUAUAUAUAUAUUUUUUGUGCAUGUAAAAGGUCUGCAAAGCCCAAAGUUCACGCCAAAGGGAGUUACUCUACCCCACAGA